AUGACGACCGUUGGAGUGGCUAGAGAUGGAGUGGCCUUGCUGUACUGCGCGAUCAUAUUGCUUGUGUUGAGUUGGAUCGUCUUCUCCAUGAGAGUCGGCGUACGGAUAUGGAGGAAAGCGUGGGGUAUGGAUGACUACCUGAUGCUUGUCGGAGCUAUUCUUUUCUCAGUUACAGCUGCUCUUUGUAUCGUUUGUUGCUACUAUGGUUCCGGACAGUUCGCAAGAGAGCUGCCUACUGUGACGAUAUCGAAGGGAACAAAGCUCUUUUACAUUGCAGAGUACUUCUACGCAGCCAGCGCCAUGUUCGUCAAGAUCAGUGUUGCAGUAGCGCUUCUGCGUAUCACUGCCAACCGUCGCUUCUUCAGGUGGGGCUUAUGGGCGCUGAUCGGUGCUACCAUGGUUGCUGCUCUAGUCUUUUGCCUCAACACGAACGUCAGCCUAUUCUACUCGGCAAUCGAGAUCACCGCGGACUUUAGUCUCUCGAUCAUGCCGGCUAUUUUGCUUUGGAAUGUCCAGAUGAAGGGGGCUGUGAAAGCUUCGGUUGCCGUAAUGCUUGCGCUCGCUUCUUUUGCCUCAUGUGCUACCAUCGUUCGUCUCAAGUACCUCACACUCUACAGUGACCCUGGCGAGUUCAUGUACAGUACGGGCAAAAUCGGCUUCUGGUCUUUGACCGAAGUCGGCAUUGGCCUCAUCGCCGGUUCGCUACCUCCUCUUCGUCCUCUCCUAUCCCUUCGCAUUAGGGUGUCCGCCGGCUCCAAUAGUCCUGCUGCGUCUGGCGGAAUAGCAUACCAAUCUGGUACCAACAACCGGCAGCCGACCUCGCGCUCGCGCGUGAUAGCCAUGGACACGUUCCAGACCUUGGGCGACAACGACGAAGCUGAUAAUAGCGACGGAGAUUCUCAGAAGAAUAUUAUAAAGGAGACCAAGUUCACAGUGACUUCAGUCAUUGCUGGAGGUCCUCGAGACCCGGGGGUGAUGGCCUGGGACCGGAAGGAGGGAAGCCAUGUCUAA